CUACUUUAAAACAAAUCACCACAUUUCUUUUGUGCUUCUUCUGCAAUUCCAACUCAUUCUCAUUUCUCUCUUACCUCUUCUUCUAGGGUUUUCUACUUUCUCUCUCCUAAACCACAAAAUGAGUCGUCAUCCUGAAGUUAAAUGGGCCGAGAGGGAAGACAAAGUGUACCUGACUGUGAUGCUUCCUGAUGCAAAAAACCCGAAAGUUAAUCUAGCUCCUGAAGGAACCUUUACAUUUUCUGCCACCGGUGGAGCUGGUGAUAAUGCUUAUGAACUUACACUAGAUCUUUUUGACAAGGUCGAUGUAGAGGAAAGCAAAAUUAGCUAUGGAGUAAGAAGCAUAUUCUGUGUUCUGGAGAAGGCAGAGAAAAAAUGGUGGAAUAAGCUUCUGCGUGGGGAGGGUAAGCCUCCACAUUACGUGAAGGUUGAUUGGGACAAGUGGGCAGAUGAAGAUGAUGAUGCUGGUGCUGGUGCUGGUGCACCUGGUGGUGCUGGUCCGGGAGACUUUGAUCUUGGUGGAAUGGACUUCUCGAAAUUCGGAGAUAUGGGUGGUGCACUUGGUGGACUUGGUGGACUUGGUGGUGGUGGUGGUGAUGAAUUUGAAGACAGUGAUGAUGAUGAGGCAGAAGUGUCAAAACCAGAGGAUGGUGCUGAAAGAGAAGGAGAUGAGAAGCUGGAGGGAGCAGCUGCUGCAGAGAAGACUGAAGCGUCGAGCGCAUAAGGUUGAAAGCAGCCCAGCCACAUGAUUGGGCCUGCUAUUAUAGUGGUUUGUGGCGUAGACUGAGCAGUCUCUUCGUCUUUGGAAUUGUUUGCUUCUGUAUUUUGGGAGUGGGACAGAUUUUCUGUUAGCGGUCCUUUUCCCAGGAAUCUGGCAGCUACAGGCGUACCCAGGCUCAUCUGAAGCAUUCAAAGUAGGAUUUUUAGGCUGUCUAGAUAUUUGAGUUCUCUUUUUUAUGACAGCUGGUUUCAAGACCUUGUUAACUAAAUAUUUCACAUGGAUUUUAUGGUCAAUAUGAUUAUGAUUGUCAUGUUUAUGUCUAGGAUACUGAAGGUGCUAUGGCCUAUGGCAUUGUUCUUCCACUCUGUGUUGCUAGUAAAUUCAUUUGGUUUCAACUUCCUCUAAAA